AUGGCGCUGAACGGCAUGGGACGCUACGCGGAGGCGAUCAAGACGCUGAAGACGCUCGCGGAGCUCGCGCCCGAGGACGACGCCGCGGCGCACGCGCUCAUGGAGUGCGAGCACCUGCAGGCGCAAGCCUUCACGGGGACGUUCGAGGUUCCGGCGUUGCUGUUCGGGAGACAAGCGACGUCGUUCCGUCGCUGCGCGGACUACGUCGGCCCGAUCAAGAUCGCGCGCGGGGGCGCCGUCGCGCACGGCCGCGGGCUCGUGACGACGCGCGACGUGGUCGCGGGCGAGCUCCUGUGCGUCUCCUCGCCGCUCGCGGUGGCGCCGUUGGCGACGGGCGGCGGAGCGGAAAUGGGGCUCAUCCGCGGCCUCGUGGGCGCGGCGUCUCGAAACCCGGAGGACCUGCGCCUCAUUCUCGCGCUGCCCGCGAGCGCGAAGGACGACCCGGCGACCGCGCCGGUGCCGGACAUGUCUCUGUUCCGCAGGCACCUGCGCCGCGGCGACGAGGUGGAGGCGAACUCGGAGGUUCCGAGCCAGGAGCUCUUCGCGACGCAUUCGAAAAACGUCGUGACGACGUCGGCGAUUCGAAACGAAAAGUCCGUCGGCGUGUACCCGCUGAUGUCUUUCGCGAACCACUCGUGCGCGCCGAACGCGUGCAAGCUUCUGAUCGGGCACACGAUGUUCACGCGCGCGGCGCGGGAUCUGGUCGCGGGCGAGGAGGUGUGCGUGAAGUAUUUCGACGUGACGGCGCCAAAGUCGGAGCGAAACGCGGUCGCGAAGCGGUGGGGGUUCGAGUGCGCGUGCGCGCGGUGCGGGAUGGAAGCCAUCGGCGAGGUGAGCGCGAACCGCGCGACGAAGGCGGCGGCGAAGGCGGCGGCGUCCGCGCGAGAGACCGCGAAGAAGGACCCGAAGAACAAGAAGACGGGAGGCGACCGGGACGGCGACCGCGCCGCCGCGAUCGCCGCGGCGGCGGCGAUGGAAAAGAUCGAGGUAAAGGACGUCGCGUCGCUCAUCGCGGUCUGCCGCGCCAAGUCCAAGGCGCUGCACGACGACAUCGCGCGCGCGCUCGCGGAGUGGAAGCGCACGAAGGGAAAGUCCCCCGCGCCGGACCCGAACCAGCUCGUCGAGCUCGCGACGUGGUUCGAGACGGCGUGCGACGGCAUGGGGCUGUCGCCGACGCGGGCGGCGUGGGCGAGAGGGUCCGUGCUGCAGCUGUACGCGAACAUCGGGCACUGCUUCACCGCGUCCGGGCAGCUCGAGGCGAGGGCGGAGCUGCUGGAUAAGGUGUCGGACACGAUCGCGCUCUUAGACCCGGGGUCGUUCGAGCACUGCAAGCAAGUCGCGGCGGCGGUCGGGAACGCGCGGAGGGCCUUCGGAGGGCCGGACGCGAAGAGACUGGUGGACGCCGCCGAGGCGAAAGCCGCGGCGGUGCACGCGAUACGGUACGGUUGCGGCGGUACAGCGAGCGAGGAGGACGUCGCCGUCGCGCUCGAGCUCGUGAAGCGGACGGAGCACAGCAACGAGGAGAGCCAAGGCGAGUUUUGCGAAGCGUAGAAGGAGACGUGAUGAGUGUGAGAUGUGACGACGCGCGAUCGAAGGACGUCUGAGUGAUAUUCAGAAGAAGAGUGAACAUUUCGAUUCCAAAAAAACUCAUGUCAGCUGCGACGGUCGCGGUCCCUCCCUCCAUCGCAUCGCAUCACGCGAGCGCGAUGAGCGCGCCUUGGAGCUCCGUGAGCAUCCCCGGAAGCUCGCCGAUCCUGAGCGCGUUCGCGUCCGUGACGUGCACGAACCGUCCUUUACUCUCCUUCUCCACGCCCCCGACGUCGGACGGCGUCCCGAGGCACACCGCCGCCAUCGCGCGUUUGUACUCGCCGAGCACGUUCGCCAUCUCUCCCAACCGCAGGUCUUCAAAGUCGCACGACGCCAAGAACUCUCUGUUGCCGUCCGCCCCGAGGUCAGGGUACGCGCCGCUCGAUUCCGAGUCCAGCGCCGCCUGGCGCUCGAUGGAUGCCAGGACGUCGGCGAGGAGGUCGCGCGGCGCGCGCGGCGACGCCGGCGGCGCCGCCGCCGCGAGCGUUCGCGGCGGCGGCUGCGGCGUCUUCGGACCCGCGCCGAACGCGCUGCCCAACGCGUUGCGCAGGCCCCCGCCCGGGCUCGCGCCGGUCACCUUCGGGAGCCCCAGACCGG